AGAUGAAAAACAUCUUGUUGUUGUUCUCAGACUGAACAGACUGAAGAGAUUCUUCUUUUUUUACUUAUUUCUGUUUUUCUGAACUUCACCUCGGAACCAAACAUGAGUCACGUGGACGUGAAGAACCUGAAGCCGACCCGCUUCGAGGACGAGUACUACGACCAGUACGAGUUUUACAACCUGAGCGACAAAUACGCAGAGGGCUCAGCCCGUAAAGGCCGGACUAAGAGGGAGGCCAGCGACAACACCAACAGACCCAACCCCUCCGGACACGAACGCAAAAUAGUGGAGAAGCUGCAGAACACGGAGAAGAAAGCCAAAGAGUGAAUCCUGGGGGCGACCCGGACGGCUCAUCCUGGAAACGACCACGGCCUUCAUGGCGACAGAACGAGACGUAGAGAGCAGCAGAGCGCAGCCCGGAGCUUUACCAGGGCUCGGACCGGAGCUUUACCAGGGCUCGGACCAGAGCUCCGACCGGAGCUUUACCGGGGCGUGAGGACCGGCUGCAGAACAGAUGUCCCCGUCACCCCGGCGGGCUGCGGCUACACCGGCGGCUCGGCGGCGGGUCAGCGGGUCCCGCUCAGACCGGCGGUGACCGUGUGACUCUGUGUUCACAAGUUUCAAUGGAUUUUUAAAAAGUAUUUUAACUAAUAAAAAUAUUUUAAAAUGA